CUACUUAGCUCUUAUCAGGGAAAGAAGAAAGAAAUAUCUCUGAGGUUUCAGUGAUUCUUCCUUUAUUAGCUCUCUCUCUCUACUGAGUGUGCUCACGAGAAACCUCUCGAAGCUGUUGGGUGCUCUUACUGAAUAUAUCACUGCCGAUUCCGUUGGGCACUGAGUAUCUCUCAAGUUGUGAGUAUUGAGGGGGUAUAUUCAUUGUGUAUUACUCAAGUUGUGAGUAUUGAGGGGGUAUACUCAUUGUGUAUAUGCAAUGCUAUAAGAGAUGUUGGUGGGGAAUGCUCGGGUUCAAUCCCCAGCUCUAGCGCUCCAGGAGCUGGAAGGGAAGAGUGAUGGGGGUCGGAGCAGGAAGAGGAACAUUUGCUGCUGUUCUUGGAAUGGCGUGCAUAUUGGCGAGCAAGGUCUCGGGUUCGAGACCUUCUAUGAUGAUGGUUGAGAGACUGUAAGAAGAGAUAAAGAAGGAAAGGGAAAGGGAACUGCUUAUUUUUUUGUAUAUUGAAUUCCUUUGUGUUGCGGAAAAGUUUUCCGUAGGAGGAGAGGUAGUGUGAUCUUGCUAGCUCUACCUUUUUUUGUUUGAAAGGAAGUUUGUUAGAUCGGUGUUAGGCAUUCGAUCCAUUUGGGAAAAAUGGAGAUUAAGUCUAAUGUUCUUAUGGGACGCUACGAAUUAGGGCGUCUGUUAGGGCAAGGAACCUUCGCCAAGGUCUAUCAGGCAAGAAAUCUGAAGACCGGCGAAAGCGUUGCCAUUAAGGCCAUGGAGAAAGAAAAGAUUUUGAAGGUCGGCAUGAUUGAGCAAAUAAAGCGAGAGAUUUCUGUGAUGAAGCUAGUGCGACACCCUAAUGUAGUGCAGCUUUACGAAGUGAUGGCCUCCAAGACGAAGAUUUACUUCGCCAUGGAGUACGUCAAAGGAGGGGAGCUCUUCGCCAAGGUCGCCAAGGGAAAACUGAAGGAAGAUGAGGCGAGAAAAUAUUUCCAGCAGUUGAUUAGCGCUGUAGAUUUCUGUCACAGCCGCGGCGUCUAUCACAGAGAUCUCAAGCCUGAGAAUCUGUUACUUGACGACAACGGCAAUCUCAAGGUCUCCGAUUUUGGCCUCAGCGCUGUGCCUGAGCAAUUUCGGCAGGACGGACUGCUCCAUACGACCUGCGGAACUCCGGCUUAUGUAGCCCCCGAGGUCAUCCUCAAGAAAGGCUACGAUGGAGCAAAGGCAGACAUCUGGUCAUGCGGAGUCAUUCUGUUCGUGCUCAUGGCGGGGUAUUUGCCGUUUCAUGACGCCAAUUUGAUGGCCAUGUACAAGAAGAUCUACAAAGGGGACUUCCGAUGCCCUCCCUGGUUUUCUUCAGAGGCAAGGCGCCUGAUUUUGAAGCUCCUGGAGCCAAACCCUAAGGCGCGGAUCACCAUACCUCAGCUCAUGGAAAACGCCUGGUUCAAGCGCGGUUUCAAGCGCGAGAAACCGCCUACCGAGGAAGACGACAUAAGCAGCAGCAUCAGCCCCGCCGACGUCGAAACUGCCUUCAGCGGCGAAACUACUCCGACGUUGCGGGAUCAAACCCCAGCGGCUGCAAAGCCGGCGACUUUGAACGCUUUCGACAUAAUAUCGCUGUCCCCGGGGUUUAAUCUCUCUGGUCUCUUCGAAGAGAAGCAGAAGGUGAAGCAUGAGUCCAGAUUCACUUCUACGCAGCCGGCAUCCAACAUAAUUUCCAAGCUGGAGGAGAUUGCAAAGCUGGAGAGCUUCAGUAUUAAGAAGAGGGACUGUAAGGUGAAAUUGGAGGGCUCGGAACAGGGGCGAAAAGGCCAUUUGGCUAUUGCUGCUGAGGUUUUCGAAGUGACGCCGUCUUUGUUCGUUGUGGAGCUUCGGAAGGCAGGGGGAGAUACACUGGAGUAUAACAAGUUCUGUAAUCAGCAGCUCAGGCCCGGCCUUAAGGACAUCGUCUGGACCUGGCACGAAGACUCGCGGUAAAUGAAUCCAGGGGUUUCUAUGCCAGUCCAGGGUUUCUCACCGAAAAAUUGUACAUAUUGUUGUGCCUAAAGAUUCUCAGAUUUCUGUUUUCUAUUGUAGAUUAUCUGCCCUAAAUUUGAGUGCAUUGUAACCUAUGUCUUUCUCAAGAUCUAUGAAGAUUUCAUGAUUUUCUUCA